ACGGUGAGCGACACGAAGGCGAAGUUCUUGCAGGCGUACCCGUACCCGAUCCCGUCGGUGUGGUCGACCGUCACGCAGGAGCUGCUCGUGCAGGGACACUUUGCGAAGUACAACGCGAAGAGCGAAUACAGCGAACUCGCGUCGCUGGGAUUCGUGAGCGUGUUCGAUCAGCUCUACGAGGGAUUCCCGAGCGAGACGGAGAAGGUUAAAAUUUUCAACGCGUUUUUGGGCGCCCUCGGGGAGGACGCGGCGAAGACGCGCGCGGACGCGGAGGCGCUCGGCGCGUUCGCGGCGUCGGCCGGCGGCGUGGAUGGCCUGAGCGCGAACCCGAUCUUCGCGACGAUGGCGGCGAAGAGUGCGGAGAAUAAGCUCAUGUACACCAAGUACAUCGCGAUCGGUAUCUUCAGAAUGUUGGAACUCGCCAAGGCGACGGAUCCGAAGGCGCUCGAAGCGCUCGCGCAAGCCGGCGGAUUGUCUUUCAAGAAGGUGAACGGGGAUCUCGCCAUGUACAAGGGUUUGCUCUCCAAGCUUGCCUCUGCGAAGGAGUUGCAAGAAGAGUUCUUGGAGCGGGAAAAGCGCAAGACGGCGGAGCGCAUGGCGAAGAAGGCU